AAUGUAUGUAACGAAUUACUAUCCCAAAAACGAGUAGCUUUUUUUUGCUAUCUAUAUUCUCUCUCUGUCAUUUUUCUUUAUUUGAAUACCACUCAAUUUUGCAGUUACCAUUUUUCAUUCUUUGUUGCUUUGGAGCUCAACUCUAUCCUGGUAUUCUACUUAAUUCACUUUAGCUCGGAGUGGGUUAUUUAUUUAAAAUAAAUUGUACCUUAUAGUUAGUUUUAGAGUGGGAAUGUGAAGAUUUAAGGUAUUAAUUGGGCUAUUGUUAUUAAAUAUUGAACAAGGGGGUGGUGUUAAUAGAUCUACUCUUUACUCUUUAUUUAUUCCUCUUUUAGUUGUUGGGAGGGAGAACUUGGAGUUAAAGCUAGUAAAUAUUAUUUUUCCUGUCAUAAUUCCAUUCUUAAUAUCGUUAUCAGAGAUUGUCAAAAACAUUUUUGAGUGACUGUUAAAGUGGACUGGGUUUGUCACUGUGCUUAUUGGAUUUUUUUUGUGUGGUUGAAAAUAGUGAAUGAUUGACUGGAGGAUUGGAUAUUGAAGUGUUUAGAAGGAUAUUAUUGAAAAGGGUUGUAACGAAUCCAAACCGGAAAAUAAGAGGUGUUGCUGUUAUCAUAACUUCAUUCUUAAUAUUCGUGAAUAACCUUUCAAACAUUGUCAAAAGUUCAUUAAUGGUGAAUUUGUUGGAUUGAGUGGAGGAUUGGAUAUUGGAUAUUGAAGUGUGUAGAAGGAUAUUAUUAAAAAGGGUUGUAACGGAUCCAAACGCGGAAAAUAGGAGGUGUGAUCGUGAUCGUGAUCGUUUUGCUGUUGUGGGGUGCUUAUUGAAUAUUUUGCAAUGGAUGGGCUCCUGCUUUUCGUUAGAAAGCAGGAGCCCUGUCCCUGGAUCUCCGGUAUCUACUACUAGAACUACAAAGAGGAGGAGCUCGAAAAAUAGGCUGGGUGGUUUGAGGAAUUCUUCGUUUGAUUAUAGGAAGGAAGAACAGCUGCAAGGGAUUCCUGGGCGUAUGUUCUUGAAUGGCUCAAGUGAAGUGGCUUCACUCUUCACUCAGCAGGGCAAAAAAGGACCUAAUCAAGAUGCCAUGAUUGUUUGGGAGAAUUUUGUUUCGAGAACAGAUACAAUUUUCUGUGGCGUUUUUGAUGGCCAUGGUCCUUAUGGUCAUUUUGUUGCAAAGCGAGUCAGAGAUUCUCUUCCUUUAAAGCUAAGAGCAGAGUGGGAAGAUAAUAUAAAAGAUGACGACUAUGUAAGAGAGAAUAGUCCAAAUACUCGGAGCAGUCUAAACUCUGAGGAUGCUUCCUUUAUAUCUGCUGAUGAGGAGUCAAAGGUUUCAAUUGAUGUUGAAGACACUGAAAAGCACCCGGAGGUCUUUCAGACAUUAAAGGACUCAUUUCUGAAGGCUUAUAAGUUUAUUUAUAGAGAACUGAGUAGUUAUAACAAUAUCAAUUGCUUCUGUAGUGGGACAACAGCAGUAACGCUUGUUAAGCAGGGUCAGGAUCUUGUAAUUGGAAAUGUUGGAGAUUCUAGAGCUGUACUGGCUAUGAAAGAUAAGGAUGGUUCUUUGAUGGCAGUACAAUUGACAGUAGAUCUUAAGCCUAAUCUACCAGAGGAGGCAGAGAGGAUUCGCAAAUGUAAAGGACGCGUGUUUGCCCUUCGCAAUGAACCAGAGGUUGCAAGAGUGUGGUUGCCGAGCAGUAACUCUCCUGGACUAGCCAUGGCAUGCGCAUUUGGAGAUUUUUGCCUGAAAGAUUUUGGCCUUAUUUCUGUCCCAGAAAUUUCAUAUAGACCUUUAACAGAAAAUGAUCAGUUCAUUGUUCUGGCAACAGAUGGACUAGAUCACUGGUUGAAGCAGCUGUACGAGGCUGGAGAACCAAAUACCCAACUUCUAAAGUUGAUGAUUGUGCUGUUGUUUGCCUCUUCCUUGAUUCAAACUCAAUUGUCUCGUCCACUGCUUGCGGUACGAAAAAGCAUGAUAAGACUGUUCCAGAAGGCGAUCAAGUUUCAGAAAAAGAAAACGAGGAAGUUUCAGAUCGAGAGGAGGUGCUUUCAGAGGAGGAGAAUGCAUGGUCUGCGCUUAAUGGGGUUUCUCGGGCCAACACAUUAUUGACAUUGCCAAGGUUUGUUCCUGAUUACGAAGAAAAGAGAGCUGCUGGAGGAAGCAAAUCAAAAUAGAGGGUGAACUUUCCUAUCCAAAUCUGAAUUUAUUGUUUAAAUGAUAUUUCAGUUUGUUUUGCCUUGUCCAUCUCUUUAUAUGCUUAAUUUCAUUACUGAGGAAAAGAAAACUGAAAAAUAUUCAUUUCUGUGAUCCUGAGAGGUGUCAUGUCCGCAGCCUAUAUAUUAGCGUGUCUGGGAAUCAUCCUCUUCUUUAGUGUAGGUAGGAACUUGAAUUUUGCAUAAUCCAAGUCGCAAUCGUCUUCGUCCUUGGUUUUCUAGCU